CCGGGCGUCAUGGCCGCCUCGAAGCCCGUGGAGCCGGCGGGCGGCGGCGGCCCCGCGGGGCUGUCCCGCUGGCAGCUGGCGCUGGUGCUGGGCGCGCCCAUCCUGCUGGGCGCCGGAGCCAUCUACCUGUGGGGGCGGCGGGCGGCGCGGCGCGGGAAGGGCGCGAGCGAGAGGAAGACCCCCGAGGGGCGGGCGAGCCCCGGGCCCGGCGGCGAUGCAGGCUCCGGGCAGCCCGACGGGCCCGGGCACGAGGAGAUGAGCCCUCUUGGUAGAGCCCAAGCAGCCAAGAACAAAGGAAACAAGUACUUUAAAGCAGGAAAAUAUGAGUCAGCUAUUCAGUGUUAUACUGAGGCUAUCAGCCUGUGCCCUCCUGAGAAAAACCUCGAUCUUUCUACCUUCUAUCAAAAUAGAGCUGCUGCCUAUGAACAACUGCAAAAAUGGACAGAAGUGGCACAAGAUUGCACAAAGGCCGUUGAGCUUAAUCCUAAAUAUGUAAAAGCUCUCUUCAGGCGUGCAAAGGCUCAUGAGAAGCUAGACAAUAAGAAGGAAUGUUUAGAAGAUGUCACUGCAGUCUGCAUUUUAGAAGCCUUCCAAAACCAGCAAAGUAUGUUAUUAGCUGAUAAAGUUCUUAAACUCCUGGGAAAAGAAAAGGCCAAAGAGAAAUACAAGAAUCGUGAGCCUCUGAUGCCCUCACCACAGUUCAUUAAAUCCUACUUCAGUUCUUUCACAGAUGAUAUAAUCUCCCAACCUUUGCUUAAGGGUGAGAAAUCAGAUGAAGAUAAGGAUAAAGAGGGAGAAGCUUCCGAAGUAAAAGAGAACUCUGGCUAUUUGAGAGCAAAACAAUAUAUGGAAGAAGAGAACUAUGACAAAAUCAUCAGUGAAAGCACAAAAGAAAUUGAAGCAAAAGGAAAAUACAUGGCAGAAGCUUUGCUCCUGAGAGCUACUUUCUACUUACUUAUUGGCAAUGCAAGUGCUGCCAAACCAGACCUAGAUCAGGUCAUCAGCAUGGAAGAUGCAAAUGUGAAGCUCCGAGCUAAUGCCCUGAUCAAACGAGGCAGUAUGUACAUGCAGCAGCAGCAGCCUGUGCUGUCCACACAAGACUUUAACAUGGCUGCUGAUAUUGAUCCUCAGAAUGCAGAUGUUUACCACCAUCGAGGACAACUGAAAAUCCUGCUUGACCAAAUUGAGGAGGCUGUGGAAGACUUUGAUGAAUGUAUCCGGUUGCGACCCAAUUCUGCCUUGGCUCAAGCACAGAAAUGUUUUGCUCUGUAUCGCCAAGCUUAUACAGGAAGUAAUGCUUUGACUGUGCAAGCAGCCAUGAAAGGCUUUGAAGAUGUCAUUAAAAAAUUUCCAAAGUGUGCUGAAGGCUAUGCACUCUAUGCUCAGGCACUAACUGAUCAACAGCAGUUUGGCAAGGCUGAUGAAAUGUAUGAUAAAUGCAUUGACCUUGAGCCAGACAAUGCUACUACAUAUGUUCAUAAAGGUUUACUUCAGCUCCAGUGGAAGCAAGACUUAGACAAAGGGUUAGAACUCAUAAGCAAGGCCAUUGAGAUUGAUAACAAAUGUGAUUUUGCAUAUGAAACCAUGGGAACGAUUGAAGUGCAAAGAGGUAAUCUGGAUAAAGCCAUUGAAAUGUUCAACAAAGCUAUCAACCUGGCCAAAUCCGAAAUGGAGAUGGCCCACCUCUACUCCCUCUGUGAUGCUGCCUAUGCCCAGACAGAAGUUGCAAAGAAGUAUGGAUUGAAACCACCGACACUGUAAAGGAACAAGGAGGAAAUGGCGUUCCAAAGUGAAGUUGCCCACUUCAGCCAGCCCUAAAGACGCUGUUGCAGACCAUGCUGAAUGGUGGAACUUAGUUUUUUCCCGUUCGUGGUGUUGUCAUUUGCUACAUCUGUUAAAUGUUUAGGUGUUGUGGGAGUGGUUGUUCAAGGAAGUAUGCAGUGCUGCAUCUUGUUCCUUCUGCAGCAAAAACCUUAAGGUGUGUUAAGGGAAAUAAAGUUGCAGGGGAACAAAAGGAAGAUAUUUUGGCCAUGCAAAUAAAAACUUCACACUGGUUCAUUUUGGGUGAUUAUGUUGUGGGCGAUUUUUGCUUUUUCAAAUAAUAAUACAGCAUGUGGGGUUUUUUCCUGUUGAUUUUAAAGGUAAUACUAGUCAGUGCUGUAAAAUAGAUUUCUUUUUUAUAUCCUAUUAAUCCUUGAGGGUUGAUUUUAAUUUUACAAAAAGGCAAAAAUUAAUUUUCAAACUUUAAUAAUAGAGGGUUUUUUUAAGUCAGUAGAUGUGGAGAGAAUCCCUGUAAAUAUAUGCAAGCAUGCACAAUCUUCCCUUAAAUUCCCUUCCACCUUCUGCAUAACUUAGAAAUAGUCCUGUGGCAGCUAUUAGGGAAUUAAUUUGAUAGUCCUUAUCUUCACCUCAGAAAGCCCUAGAGAACUGAUUAGGAGAGCAAGUAAAAAAGGUUGACUGGGGAAGGAGGUCAGGUAACACUGCUUCAGCAUAGACUUCACAGGAAGAAAGGCUGUGUUCCUGUGCAGCAGUCCUUACUUGAAUCUCAUGGGAAGUUGUUCUGGAGGGUUCAGAGGGACUUCCAAGAACAGAAAGUACUGCUGGGAGUCAAGCUCCCAAAGGUAAGGUCAUGCUUGCAUAUAAUCUUUGUAAUCUCUGAUGCUUUUGCAUAAAUGUAACAGACCAUCUAAAUUCUCUUCAGUCUCUAGAGCCUGCUGUGUUACUGCUCCUUUUAAGAGCCCCUUUGCAGAAUUAAGUGAGAUAAGGAACAAAGCGUAGGCUAAAACUUCAAAUAAUGGAUUUGGAGUCUGCACUGCUUUCCUUGUUCCAUAGACUUUGUCUUGUCCGAGAUUACAAAUACUGUAGAAAGGAAGCAACUGUGCUGCAAACAGGAGAGGGGCAAAUUGUGGAAUAGUCUUCCUUUAGUUAGGAACUUCACCCUUGCUUUAGGUUGAUCUUUCUGGUGAGGAAGUCAGUCAGUCCAUCUUGCCUCUCCCUGGGUUGAUGUGGCUGGAUAAACCUCAUGCAAAUGAUGUAGCUUAACUUAUGACACACUAGUUUGGGCUUCUUUCCAUCCUGAAAUCAUAGAUUUGUUUGUGGUGAAUUGUCUAAUGUAUUUAAUCUUUUAAAGAAAUUAAUGAUGCUGUAGUCAAACUGUCUUGUUCUGUAGUUGUGCCACCAUACAGCAGCAGCUUGCAUUUUCAACUUGACCUUCCUUUCUCCCAGCAACUACAGUUGAGAAUUCAAAUGGUGGAGAGUAGACAUAAAGAUUUAAUCAUUCUAUUUUAGCUAGCUCAGUAGGUGAUCUGAAAUCAUAGCACUGGUGUAGAAUUGAAGGUAUGGGAAGGUACUGGCAGCUUCUAAGGGCACUGCACAUAACAAGUGUCAAAUGUCUUCUCGAACUUCCAAUCUCUGCAUCAAUUACCUGAGAACAAAAAUAUGCCAGACUGAGGAGUCCUGUUCUCCUGAGGAGUUUUUAUUCGCAUGGCCUUAUUUACAUUGGCAUUUUCUCCUCAUCACCCCACCUGUACCCCAUUCCUUACCCCACCCAAUCAAUUAAGGGAAAAAAGCAUGUGCUGUCAAUUACUAGCAUUCCAAAUCAUCACAGACUUUUGCCUGUUCUUGAACUAGUUUGAAACUGCACUGAAAGGAUGCAUUGUCUGUAAUUUUUUUGUAAAUGACAUAUCACCUGUAAACUGAAAAAAUAAAUACUACCUUCAAGUAUCUCUCUCUGACAUGUAUAAGAACAGGUUUUGAUGGAAGUGUUCUCUGCUGCGGUGAGCUCUGUGCUUAUUUGAUGUUGCUCCAAAUCUAGGACGAACUAGUACUGACUGACUCCUUAUCAUCUGCUCUCACUUCAACCUUUAAGAAUGAGGAGGAGAUGUGGAAUCAACAAAUCUGAUCUUCGCUUGCUUCCGUCACCCACAGAGGUAUGAUCUUGAGAGCUGAAGAUUACAGGGGAAAGGAAGUCGAGCCAGGAAAGCUGGGAGUCUGAGUAGCUGACAUCCUGUUAAUGUGUGUAUGCAGGUGGAUCCCUUUAGUGAAAGGGACUUUCUUUAAAUGGCUGAUAGAGCAGAGGUUUUACUUUAAGCCAGGUGUGCACGUGAACUUUGAGAAUCGAGAGCUGAAGUGAAACAAGUAUUAUUGCUAUUUAAAAAAAAUAAAACUGUUGAAAUUA